CUGUCAAUCUGGGAAAAAAGUAAAUAAAUUUAUUUAUACAUAAAAGUAUAAAUUUUCUUAGAAAUUAUGGAUGAACCAAAACAUCACCACAAACGUUCGAAGGAGAAAAAAGAAAAGAAAAAACACAAAAAAGAAAAGAAAUCAAAGAUAAAGAAAAAGGAAAAGAAACAAAAAGAUAAGGAACUCAAAAGACUUGCCAAAGCCGCUGAACUAUCCAAAACGAAACAAGUUGAGACGACAACUACGAGCCGAGACCGGGAAGAGGAACCUGAUUUCUCUGUUCCCAUAGAUCUGAUGUACUCAAAAUCACAUGUCCCAGAAACUCCAGAAGAAUACCAAAAGCGACAGAGCCAAAUUCGGCGAAUAAUCGAUCCUGAGACGGGUCGUACGCGCCUCAUCAAAGGCGAUGGCGAAGUCCUCGAAGAAAUAGUCAGCAAAGACCGGCACAAGGAAAUAAACAAACAAGCAACUGAAGGAGACGGUCGCAAUUUCCAAAGCAAAACAGUUGGUAGUUUAAAAUAAGUUGAAGAAUUUGUUCGCCGACACCGAAUAAUUCAACUCUUUAGCUUCAAAAUACAUUAUUUAUAUAUUUAAAAUUGAUUAACUUUGAAUGAAAUAAGAUCAUAAACGUAGCUACAUAGUAAUAAAGUAAAAUAAAGUUGUAACAUUUAUCAUUCA